AUGGGUGGCUCGAGCUCGAACGGACCCGAAGCCAAGAUACCGGACCUUUCCACUAGCGUAUCAUCAGUAACGUCAAGAAUCAGCGACAUGCUCGAUGUGAAUGCACAUGGUGAAGAGCCAAAGCGUGAGCAUACUAACCCACUUGGCUAUGUGUGCAUUGAAUGCGGCGCCCCUGUGAAGUCGAUAUAUAGAGAGUAUAGUCGAGGCAAUAUUAGAUUAACCCGAUGUGCCGCGUGCGGGAGAAUUGCGGACAAGUACUGCGAGCUAGAGGCGCAGUUGAUCAUCACUGACAUGUUGUUACAUAAGCCUAUGGCUUCUGCGGGUAGCUUUGGCUCUACCACAUCCAUGUUAAGACCCGAGUUCCCUGGGUCCCGUAAAGCCACUCAGCUGAUCUGUGAGAUAUAUAUGUCUGUUAGAGACAAGUGUGCACAGGCCUAUAGUACACCGGUCUUCGUAGUGUCACGGGUGAGUGAAGUGUACCUGAGGAUGUCAGUGGAUUACGGCAAGGAAGCCGACAAGUGGAUGUGGAAGCUCAUGCUGCUGAUCUUGUUAUGCGAUGCCUAUUUGCGUUGUAACGUGGUGUUCGGGCAGGAAGUACAGAGCGACAUACACCCAGCCGUACUAGCGUUGCUUUUCUUUCUGGCGCUGGGUGUGUCCACAGUCGCCUUCGCCACGUACAGCUUCGCUCUGAUUCUGUUGAAUGUUGGUCGCUGCUCCAACUGGAUGAUCGUUUCCGCAUUGGCCCUGUCGAGCUUUCCUAAGCUAUUGAUCACAUUGCAGUGGGUUUGGAUAUACAAGUACAGCAUUUGCAUCACAUCUAUUGAGACAUACACCGCACCCUGUACGUAUCCCUGCACCAACGAUCUAAAGCUACCACCCAGCGUUACAACGCACGCGCACAUGCCGUAG